GUUGCUCAUAUAAAUAAACUUAUCGCGUCCACAGAAGUGGACAUAAGAGAAUCUGCUUUUACCUGCUCUAAGGUGGUAAUAAAGGUCGUCCACUACUACUGUUCGUAACCGAACGCGUUAUCGACAUCAGAGAACUGACAAUAUUCUCACUUUGAUCACCACCAAAAGACUAUCUCAGUUCCAUACCGCGCCUCCAGGCAACCACAGGCAAGAUGGCAGCGAAAGUUACGCCGUAUCAAGAGCGCGUCUACGCCCUCCUCGUCCAAAUCCCCUCCGGCCGCAUCACAUCCUACAAAUCCCUCUCCGACGCCCUGAACUCGAGUCCACGCGCCAUCGGGGGAGCAUUGAGGAAUAACCCCUUUGCGCCCGAAGUCCCGUGCCAUAGGUGUAUUGCUUCAACGGGGUUUGUGGGCGGGUUUAUGGGGGAUUGGAAUAAAGCGCCCAGUGGGAUUAAUCAGGAGAAGAAGAUUGAGUUGUUGAAGGGGGAGGGGGUGGAGUUUGAUGAGAAGGGGAUGUUGAUGGAUAAGGCGAGAUGGUGGGAUGAGUUUAAGGUGUGAUGAAGGGCGUUGAAAGAACUGUACUGUAAAUUAUUAUGCGACCAAGGAAAUGGACGAGGCACUGGCGUAUAGCUUCUGCUCUCGAGAAUGAAUCAUUUAACGACCCCA